AUGGCAUCUGAUAAUUCAUUUAUGCAUUUGAUAAGACCAAAUGUAUUAGCACCGGCAGCUGGAUCAGCAAAUGGACCAGCUAAAAUUAAAAUUCAUACACCAGCAAUAUUAACAAUAUUAGAAAUUAUAUCAAAACAAAUUUUAGGUAAAAGAAUUAUUGGAAGUUUAUUAGGUAUAAGAUCAGAUGAUGGAUUAGAAAUUGAAAUUAAAGAUGCUUUUAUGGUUCCAAUUAAUGAAACUGGUGAUUCAAUUAUAAUAGAAGAUCAAGCUCAUAAAUUAUUAUAUCAAUUAUAUAAAAAAUCACAUCCAAAAGAAACUGUUUUAGGAUGGUUUGCAAGUAUGAAAGAAAUUGAUGAUACAACUAGUUUAAUACAUGAUUUUUAUUCAAAAGGAACAGAUAGAUGUUUUCCUCAUCCUGCUAUAUUUUUAAAUAUUCAAUAUUUAAAUGAAAAAAAUGAAAUUAUAACACCAACUUUUAAAACUUAUAUAGGAGCAGCAGUUGGAAAACCACAAACUAAAUCAAAUGUACAAAUUGGUUGGAAUAAAACAACAAAUGUUAAUAAUUCAUAUAUUUUUACACCAAUUCCAAAUUUUAUAAUUAAUGGUACAAUAACUGAAAAAAUUGCAUAUAAUCAAUUAUUACAAAAUUCAAUAAUAAAUAAUACAAAUAGAGACCAAGAACAACAGUCAUCAAACAACAACACAUCAUCAUCUUCAUCAUCAUUAUCAGUUUCUACAUCAUCAUCAACAUCAUCAUCAUUUUCAUCAUCAUCAAAUCAAUUAUCAUUUUUAUCUCAAAAUUUACAACAAGUACAAAAAAAUGUUGAAAAUUUAAUCACCUAUAUAAAUAAUUUAUCAACCACUGAUAAAAAUUCAAAUAAAAAUUUAAAUUUAUUAAGACAAUUAAUAAAUAAUUUAAUAAAUAAACCUGAAAUCUUGAUUAAUACUGAAAUUUUAAAUAAAAAUUUUGAAAAUUAUAAUCAAGAUAUUAUAAUGAUUGAAUAUUUAACUAAAGCUUUAAAAGAUCAAAUUGAAUUAAGUGCAAGAUUAACUGCAAAAGCAGAAUCUGAAAAAAGAUAUUAA